AUGAACACAGCAAAAUUUUGGCGUCGAAGCAUGGGCGAUAUGCAGAUCUUUUCGGGAUCACGAUACCGUCCACCGACGAAGAAGCCGAUGUGGAUUGUUGUUCUGCUUUUAUUUGUUAUCAUGUUUGUUGUAACUUGUGCUUAUCUUUACCGGCCGCGUAACCGUACAGUUUGUAACAUGUUCUCUACUAGACAGUGUAAAGACAUUGCUGAUUGGAUUCCUCCUGUUCCUGUAAGGGAAUACACUAAUGAUGAGGUUGCAGCACAAGUUGUUUUUAGAGAUAUUUUGAACACACCAGUAGUUAUGCCGACGAAUCCUAAAAUCGCGUUCAUGUUUUUGACACCGGGUUCUCUACCGUUUGAAAAACUGUGGGAUAACUUCUUCCAAGGUCAUGAAGGGAAGUUCUCCAUUUAUGUGCACGCGUCUCAGACUAAACCGGUUCACGUGAGCCGUUACUUUGUUAAUCGGGAUAUACGCAGUGGCCAGGUGGUAUGGGGAAAAAUGUCCAUGGUUGAUGCAGAGAGACGACUGCUGGCAAAUGCGCUACAAGAUCCUCAUAACCAGCACUUUGUUUUACUUUCUGAUAGCUGCGUGCCCCUGUAUAAUUUUAAUUACAUUUUCGAUUAUCUGAUGUAUACAAAUAUCAGCUUUGUAGACUGCUUUCGGGAUCCUGGUCCUGUUGGCAAUGGCAGAUAUUCAGAACGCAUGUUACCCGAAGUCGAGAUUAAGGACUUUAGAAAGGGUGCUCAGUGGUUCUCAAUGAAACGGCAACAUGCUAUUAUGGUUAUAGCUGACCACCUGUAUUACUCGAUAUUUCAGGCUCACUGCGAGCCUGGUGUAGAUGGGAAGAAUUGCAUUGCAGAUGAGCAUUACUUACCGACCUUCUUCACAAUGGUCGAUCCUGGAGGAAUCGCAAACUGGUCAGUAACUCAUGUUGAUUGGUCCGAACAAAAAUGGCAUCCGAAAUCAUAUGUUACUCAGGAUGUUACUUACGAUCUUUUGAAGUCUAUUAUGUCCAUUGACGAAAGUGUGCACGUCACCAGUGAUGAGAAGAAAGAAGUACUAAGAUGGCCUUGCUUAUGGAACGGAAUUCAGAAGCCGUGUUACCUAUUUGCUAGGAAAUUCACUCUGGAAACAGAAGACAGUUUAUUGAAGCUUCUCUCCAAUUAUUCAUCUUCUUGA